CUUUACAAACUUUAGCACAAUUUGAUAAAGGCUCACAAUCAGAAUUACAUAAACAACUCGAUAUACUUGAUGCAAUCAACAUGUUGAUACCUGCGUGGGAGAUGGAUGUUAGUAUCAAUACAAUUAUAAACUGUUGGAAACAUUGUGGACUUACCGGUUCUACAACUACAAAUCAAAUAUAUGAAGUAAAUAAAGCGAUAUAUGAAUUGGGAAAUGUAUUAACAAGGAUUGGAUAUGAUGAUACAAUUCCAGCUCAAGAAUUAGUUAAUUACGAUGGUGAACAAAAGAUUUGUGAAAUACAAACUGAGAAAGAAUUUUUUGCAAGUUUGCAAAUUAAAAAUUUGACUACCGAAAAAGAGGAGGACAAGGAUGAUACAAUUGAACACCCACACUAUACAUCUCAACAAGUACGUGAGGCAUUGGAAGUUUUACAGGGUUAUGCUAUGCAAAGGGGUGAUGAAAAUGGCGAAGGUCGCAAAGCAAUUGAUUUAUAUU